AUGUGGAAGCCACAGCUGGGCUCCCACAGAGGUGACGCCUCUUUGUUUGAAUGGAAGCCUCCUCUGUUGCUCCAUCAGAAGCGGUCCCUACUGCUUUUGACUCCGACUUUUGCCCCAGAGCCUCAAAGUCUGACUGAAGACACUGUGGUUUUUGUGUUUCAGGCAUCGGUCUUCCAACCACUGCCAGUUGCUCUCCCCACUGAUGAUGAUGACAAGAUCGUUGGAGGCUACACCUGUGCAAAGAAUUCGGUGCCCUACCAGGUGUCACUGAACGCUGGCUACCAUUUAUGUGGAGGCUCCCUCAUCAGUGACCAGUGGGUGCUGUCUGCGGGUGACUCUGGUGGCCCCGUGGUCUGCAAUGGUGAGCUUCAGGGUGUUGUCUCCGGGGGCUUGGGCUGUGCUCUGAAAGGCAAACCCGGUGUCUACACCAAGGUCUGCAACUACCUGGACUGGAUUCAACAGACCAUUGCUGCCAACUAAACACCUUUCUCUCUUCAUUAUCCACUCCUUGGUAUCAACUUACUUUCCCUCUAUAUUAGCCACAGAAGAUAUCUUCGUGUCUCUUUCUGAUCAAUAUACUGAUCCCAUUGCUAACCCUUCUGUGCAAAAAAUAAACAUCUCAAUAAAAGCAUUUGAUUCUA